UCUGGGGAAAGAAAGGGCCCCCCACUGCUUCCAGAAGACGUUGAGGAUGAAAACAGCUCUGCUCCUCCUUUUGGCCUUGGCUGUGGCCGCUAGCCCAGCCCAGGCACUCCGAUGUCAUGAGUGCAUCAGCAGUGACAACUGUAGGAAUAUUCAGACCUGUCCAUCCGACUUCUUCUACUGCAGAACAAUCACCAAAGUGGAGCCUCUGAAUGGGAACCUGGUGAAGAAAGAAUGUGCAAAGACAUGCACCACCAACCACAGCCAGCAGGGCCAUGUCAGCAGUGGUGCCGAGGUCACACUGUGCUGUAACAGUGACCUGUGCAAUGACAGUCUCCACAACAUUGCACCUGCACGUGCCCUGCUCAGCAGUGUCACCCUAGGCCUGUCAACGGGCCUCAGCCUUCUCUCUGUUGUGGCGUUCUACCUUUAACACACUGCUAGGAAUUUCCCUGGCCCCUUCCUUUCUAGUCCUUGGGGUUCCCACGGUCCAUCCUUAGCCAUGACGGAGGCACCAGAUGCUAAGGUUGGGGGAUGCCCUUAAAGGCUGGGGCUGGGUCCUGGUGGGCACCAAGAGCUGAAGACAUAUAGAGCAUAGAGCCUGCCCCAGAACAGGAAGAUGUAGCCUGCUCCCCAACAUGGAAGAUGGGGGACAGCCGUGCUUCAUCCCCUCUGAUUUUGUACUUGUUCCAUUUAUUUUUCUACCUGAACCUCUAUUUGGAAAUAAAUGAUCUAAAAAUGC